AUGAAAGAAAAGGAACCGUACAUCCUAUCAUCUGAGAAGAAGAUUGCAUUCACUGCCAUAGAGCAGCAGCAACAUGAGCUUAACAGAAUUGCUGAAGAUCUAUGGCGAUAUAGCGAGCCACCCGGGAAGGAGGUUAAAAGUCAUGACCUGCUGGUGGAUUUCCUGAGAAAGAAAGGAUUCAAGGUCAAGCAGCGCUACAUGGGCAUGCCUACGGCAUUCAAAGCCGAGUUCGUGAAAGGGGAGAGCAGAGAACAUCCAAACAUCGGUUUCUUGUGCCAGUACGACACAGGCAAGAGUACAAACCACUCGCGGGGCCACAACCUCUCCACGGUGGUCUCCAUAACGGCGGCUCUUGGUCUUCAGACAUUUAUCAAGUUUGCUAACGAGUCUGUGGGGAUGAUCACCGUCAUCGGUUGCCCUGGAGACGCAGAAAACACGGGCAAGAUCACCAUGUUUGAUGCAGGAGGUUUCAAAGGGCUAGAUUUCAUCCUAGUCGCCUACCCCGCUAACUACACCAACGUACAGCCCAAUUUUGUUGGCUCCCAGACACACAGGGUGACUUUCCGAGGCCGGAACCGGAUUGACGGAGACCGACCCUGGGAAGUGGCCAACCCAGUCAACGCUGUGGUGCUGGCCUACCAGAAUGUUGCUGCAAUCAGACAACAGUUUAAAUCUUCAUGGGUUGUCAAAGGCGUCAUUUCAGAAGGAGGAAGACAGCCGGAUAUCAUGCCGCAGAAGGCCUGCAUGGAGUUCCUUCUAAAGGUACCCAAACCAUCAGAGAUGAAGAUCCUGGGAGAAUUGCUGCAUCGGUGCUUCGAAGGAGCUGCAACCGCUACUGGCUGCAGAUUUGAGGUGGAGCCUGCAGUGCGGGAGUUUCUCGUGAACGUCACCAGCAACCGCCUGUCAGAGCUGUACCAGCGCAACGCCGCACUCAUGGGAUUCACAUUUCAUAACGUCAAGAAAGACAUGGAGGACGAGGAUGACAUCGCAAACGUGAGUACUGCCAUCCCCACCCUCAAGGUCUUCUAUUACGCUGCUACGCCGGCAAUCCUGGGAACCGAAGAGUUUGCUAGAUUUGCUGGUUCGAAGGAAUGCCAGUUCAUGAGCAUCCUCCAAGGUAAGGCCCUGGCCAUGACGGGCAUCGACCUGAUGAUGUCAGAGGACAACAUGAAGGAGAUUUUCGAAGAGCAUCAGGCCGACUUUGUCCGGAAGUAUGAAGGAAUAGAUGAUAUCAGCGUUGAUCCUGCCCAGGAGUAA